AUGCAGCACGAUAUUGUCGGCAACAACCAGGUGGAGGCCUGCGAGUUGAAGUGGGACGAGAUCAAGGGCAUCAUCGAGUCCGGAGAACUCGCCCGCCUGAAACGAAGUAGAGAGACGACCGAGAAGUACCACGAACACAAGAGGUUGACCAGCGGCUUGGACAUGAACCAGUACAUGUUGCAGCAAUUAGGAUGGUCAUCAGACAAGCCGCAGUCCCAGGACGCCGUUGAGAGGGCCUUCAGUGAGCGGGCGCUGUAUGUUCUACGCGCCAACGACUUCCCGUACAGCUUCGAGCCGGGCGUCGUGCACCUUGUUCUGUGGUCCAAGAUCGCCCUGCCCGUCCAUUCCCCAGACAAGGCCGUGCGCGAUGCGGCCCAGGCACGCCUUACCGCGUUCCUUCAGGCACAACCGCUGCUGCGGUCGCUUGUGAGCGCGGGUCACGUGGCCUGGUUUGUCAAUUACCCGGCUCUGCAGAGCGUUGCCCGGAUCUUCCACGCGCACGUGCUACUGUUCUUCCCACGGAACUGCUACUCCGCGGAACAGGAGCGCGUCACUGUCGACGAGAUCCUGUCGCACGGCUUCGAGCCGCUGGCCUAA